AUGCAACACACUCAGGCACCAAACAUACCUACAGUUGUGAUUCACCAUACUGAUUAUCUGCCAUGGGUUCUCAUUCUGGUGUUUCACGGUUUGACAUUUAUCCCUCCUGCCGCUAUGUCCUCUGCACGUCGCGCAGACGGUUCGUUGAAAGACGCCAGCGAGAUAGAGUGGUACAAUGAUGCCGAAGACGACUCUCCAAUGGUUCCUCCCUCUGCUCCUACACACAACGGCACUCUCAAUAUGUUCAUACGUCGUUCUGGUCGAGCUGUCAAACCCACCGAGAAGAUCCACGAGACUCUGACUGCCAGCAGUACCUCAGCCAAGCGCUCAGCCCUAGAACCUCCUCAGGAUGUCCCUGCACCCAAACGAGUGUCCGUUGGUGACAACAAUGAUGACGAAGAUGCACCCGCACUUGAAGACGUUACGGAUAAUGAGGAAGAAGAUGCCGAGAAUGCCGAGAAUGAAGAAGCUUAUCAACAGACGAAGAAGCUCGGCGACCAGGAUCGCGAAGACCGCAAAUCCCUCGAGAAAGAUGAACACAGCACUGACCUGACCACAGUCUUUACCUUUGAGAAAGGACCGUGA